AACCUCGACAGCGUCUUCUCGAGGAUGCUGUGGAGGCUGGACUCUGUGGAAACUCGGGAGAUCGUGGUGGGUCUCUGGGGAACGGCGGCGGCAGCUUAAAACAACCAGAAAAGAGAUAUAACGUACAGCCGGUCAAUAAAAUUAACCUUGCUGACAUCGAUUGUGUCACUUUAACAUAUUUAUCUGUACUAACCAGAUAGCUCUAGCGGUUGCUAUGGAAGGACAAAAAACAUAAAGCGGGCACGCGCGGAAUGGAGAGCGUGCGCGUUUGGCGGGUUGGGUUACACGAGCGGCUGGUGUUUUUGUAAGCGCGUAUGAUUAUGAAAAACAGUACGUAGGGCAGAUAUGGGGGGUAUAGUGAAAUGAAAACGGUCUUAAACAGCAUUUUCAGUGUUGCUGGUGGGUUGUAGAAUUUCUGUGUGUGCAGUUGUUAUUGCCGUGGAGAUCGGCUUGUUCCUCAGAUUUAAGAAUACGGCGUAGCAAUCUGUAUUAGUCCUGCUGUUCUCAUUUCAGCUAGUAAGUUUUUGAUGAAGCGUGUAAUUCCGGCUAGUGGAGUAAUUCGUUUUUUUUCUAGUAAGUUAUUAGAGACUGCAGCGAAGAGAGAGGCUGCACAGCAAUAACAUUUGUUAGAUAGUAAAGCACAGUAUAUGAAAGAUUGUUUGGUGGCUGUACAGCAAGACGCCACUGUAAAGUUGGCACAUCCCAGAAACUUAACUUAUUAGACAGUGUUUCCUGUCACAAACAGAGACGUGUCACGCGAAAUACCGGUAAGCUGUAUACAAGUCUGAAAUAUGGGAACAUGUAAUGUGUUAAGCACUCCCGGUAGUAUAACAUUAUAAAAAUGGCAGCGAGUGGCUACACCGAUCUCAGAGAGAAACUGAAAUCUAUGACACCCCACAGAGACGAUUACAAACCCAAGGUGUCGGACUACAGCAAUGGACGCAAGCGUAAAUACCACGACUCCGAGGAAGACUACAGCGACUACGAAGAGCAGAGAGAAGUGGAGGCCCAGAAAGUGCAGGAUGGCAUCAGGCAAGUGAACAUUUUCAGUUCGGUGGACUGCGCCCAUAUCGAAGCUAAGAUCGACGAUGUUGUAUCUAAAGCUGAGAAGGGUCUGUACCGGGAGCACACGGUGGACCGGGCACCCCUGCGUAACAAGUAUUUCUUUGGGGAAGGCUACACUUACGGCGCGCAGUUAGAAAAGAGAGGCCCCGGGCAGGAGCGAUUAUACUCUAAGGGAGAAGUCGAUGACAUCCCAGACUGGGUUCAUGAACUGGUUAUAAAGAAGUUGGUGGAAAGCCGGGUCAUCCCUGAAGGUUUUGUCAACAGCGCUGUUAUAAACGAUUACCAGCCAGGAGGCUGCAUCGUUUCACACGUGGACCCCAUCCACAUCUUUGAGAGGCCCAUCGUGUCGGUGUCAUUCUUCAGCGACUCUGCGCUGUGCUUCGGAUGCAAGUUUCAGUUCAAGCCCAUCCGAGUGUCCGAGCCGGUGCUUUUCCUUCCAGUGAGGCGAGGGAGCGUCACUGUGCUAAGCGGUUACGCAGCAGAUGAAAUUACCCACUGUAUUCGACCACAGGAUAUAAAGGAAAGAAGAGCUGUCAUCAUACUAAGAAAAACAAGGUCUGAUGCCCCACGAUUGGAAACCAAGGCAUUAAGUGCUACAGAUCCACCUGCUGCCACCCCAGAAAGACCUCGGAUAUUGAAACCAAAGCGAUCGCAUCGUAAGGCAGACCCUGACGCUGCUCAUAGGCCUCGAGUAUUGGAAAUGGACAAAGAAGAAAACAGACGCGCUGUCAUUUUACCAGAACACAGGAGAAAGAGAGGUUCCAGUUCAGAGAAUUACUGGAGAAGGUCCCACGAGGCUUCAGACAGUUACGAUGACACAGACGACAAUGCAAACUCAGCAAGGAAAGUGAAAAUGAGACGGCACUGAGGGAGGGAAGUCUGCAGAGUGCUCUCCAAGUCUAGCCAACAUGUUGGGGGAAUUAUUGAAAUCUCUUGUUUGCAUGCAGGCUUAGAAGUAGUUUUUUUUUGGUUUUUUUUUGUUGUUUUUUUUGACAUCAGCUACCAAGCAGCACACUAACAUUUACUCUGCUGGUUGUGAUCAAAUUUUUUUAUUUUAUUUUAUCUUACAUUUUGAUUUAAUGGGAUGGGAUGGGAUGGGAUGGUGGGGGGUGGAGACCCCUUUCUUGACGCUGCAGUGGACAGUAACUGAGAAGGAUUAUUACAAGCAGCUGCAAGUUCAAUUGACCACUCCUCCGUAUCUGUGCAUCUCAUAAAAUCUCAAUGUAUGUACUAUACUUGGAUAUGGUACUUACUGUUAUUUAGAGAGGCUUCUAUAGUCAAGUCUGUGCAGGAGUACCUGCAUGUCCACUCAGAUUAAAUUCUCAUGCUGCCAGUACAGAUUGUUCAGAUCAUCAGUUUGAAGAAUGUAAUUAAAGAAAGUGUGUUCUGUUGUAAAGUUUGUGGAAGGAACUUGCUUGCCUUUUUUGUGGGCAGAUUUAAUUCUUUUUUUAUUUCCGAUAUGCAAAGACCUGCUCAACAACUUUUUUUUUUUCAAACCAAAAUAUAACUCUUUGUAACGAGUGUGUGCAUCUGACCGUGUGUAGGAGUGUUUGUGGGAAAAUUCUUAUAAAAUAAAGUUGCCAUGAUUUAUUUCACAGGCUUCUCUGUUCAGUGCUUGCAUUGUUAUCUUUUUAUUUUAAUUAUUUUGGAGUUGUUAAAGGUGCAGUAUCUGCUUUUCAGAUCAAACUCAAAGAAGCGUCUGCUAAGAAGAAGUGUUAAAUAUUAAAACCAAAUUAUAAAACUUAGAAUAUAUUUUAUACUUUCACGAUUUGGCCAUCUCAUUUUAAAUGGUGGCAAAUCUAAAUGUUGCAAAUUAAAAAUGUAAAGGUCCCUUUUUAAAUUAUUGAAACAGAUGCUCUUGUGUUUAUAUUAAUUAAAUAUACAGUACUUCAAUAUCUGAUCUGUCAACAGCAACAUAGAAACACCCUGUCUCCUGCCACAGUUUUAAUAUUUGGGCACUUUUUAUGCUUUCAGAGAUGAAAUAUUGUUGCGUUUAAUUGAAAAGCGAAUGCUUGCAUUUUUUUUGUUGCCUAUAGGAUGUCUUGUUUUCAAAGGAGAAAACAUAUUUGCUUGUAACAAAGAUGUACAGUUAUGUAAAGGUUAAGAAAUUGUACUCAAGAAGGAAUUAUAUAAAUGAAAAAUAUUUUAUGUAAAAAAAAAAUUUAAAAAAAUUUAAAAAAUGUAUUCUGGUUAUUGUUUUAAAGCUUUAAUGGAGCUGUGAAAGAAAAACCUAAAGUAUCUUCUUUGUUCCUGGAUUUUGCUUAAAUUAAUUGAGUAAGUAAAAGUCAACAGUUCUUACUGGUCGGUCUAAUUUGUGGUGACUUCACUGAGCAGUUAGUCCCGCAGAGAUGUGUGCUCUUUAGCAAGAGAUUUAAUGUCCAUUUUUAUGUCUACAUGCCCAACCUAAAUUGCAAGAUGUUCUGUAGUUAACAAAUAUGAAAGCUGCACUCCUGGCUUGCAUUUAUGCAGACAGCCUUGGCAACUUGAGUCUCUGCAGCAUGGAUUCAAUAAAAGAUGGCUUCACAUUCUAAGGGAUCUGUAACACCCGAAUUAGGCAGUAAGAACUUUACUGUUUGAAGUUAAUUUUACUAGGCUGUGCCAUGGAAACAGAAGUCAAAUGAUUACCCUGGCAGAGGUUUGGAACAGCAGGGAUUGAUGAAUAUCUGUUAUUCUUUUGAACAGCUCCACUGGUAGGUUCUUUGACCUUCAUGUAUUAUCUGACUUGUAUAAAUUGUUACAUUUGAUUGAAUAAAAGCAGAAAGCAAUUCA